AUGGCGGCCCUUCCCGGCACCGUUCCGAGGAUGAUGCGGCCGGCGCCCGGCCAGAACUACCCCCGCACCGGAUUCCCUCUGGAAGUGUCCACCCCGCUUGGCCAAGGCCGGGUCAAUCAGCUUGGCGGGGUCUUCAUCAACGGGCGACCCCUGCCUAACCACAUCCGCCACAAGAUAGUAGAGAUGGCCCACCACGGUAUUCGGCCCUGUGUCAUCUCCCGCCAGCUGCGUGUGUCUCACGGCUGCGUCUCCAAGAUUCUCUGUCGCUAUCAAGAGACGGGGUCCAUCCGGCCUGGGGCCAUCGGCGGCAGCAAGCCCAGACAGGUGGCGACUCCCGAUGUGGAGAAAAAGAUCGAGGAGUACAAGAGGGAAAACCCGGGCAUGUUCAGCUGGGAGAUCCGAGACCGGCUGCUGAAGGACGGGCACUGCGACCGGAGCACCGUGCCCUCAGUGAGUUCGAUUAGCCGCGUGCUCAGAAUCAAGUUCGGGAAGAAAGAGGAGGAGGACGAAGCGGACAAGAAGGAGGACGACGGCGAGAAGAAAGCCAAGCACAGCAUCGACGGCAUCCUGGGCGACAAAGGGAACCGGCUGGACGAGGGCUCGGACGUGGAGUCGGAACCCGACCUCCCUCUGAAGCGCAAACAGCGCCGCAGUCGGACCACGUUCACGGCCGAGCAGCUGGAGGAGCUGGAGAAGGCCUUCGAGAGGACCCACUACCCGGACAUCUACACCCGCGAGGAGCUGGCACAGAGGACCAAGCUGACCGAGGCGCGCGUGCAGGUCUGGUUCAGUAACCGCCGUGCCCGUUGGCGUAAGCAGGCAGGAGCCAACCAGCUGGCAGCGUUCAACCACCUUCUGCCAGGGGGCUUCCCGCCCACCGGCAUGCCCACGCUGCCCCCCUACCAGCUGCCAGAGUCCACCUACCCCACCACCACCAUCUCCCAAGACGGGGGCAGCACUGUGCACCGGCCCCAGCCCCUCCCGCCGUCCACCAUGCACCAGGGGGGCCUGGCGGCAGCAGCCGCAGCCGCUGACAGCAGCUCUGCCUAUGGAGCCCGCCACAGCUUCUCCAGCUACUCCGACAGCUUCAUGAACCCGGCGGCUCCCGCCAACCACAUGAACCCCGUCAGCAACGGCCUGUCCCCUCAGGUGAUGAGCAUUCUGAGCAACCCCAGUGCUGUGCCGCCGCAGCCGCAGGCCGACUUCUCCAUCUCCCCUCUGCACGGCGGCCUGGACUCGGCCACCUCCAUCUCGGCCAGCUGCAGCCAGCGGGCUGACUCCAUCAAGCCGGGAGACAGCCUGCCCACCUCCCAGUCCUACUGCCCGCCCACCUACAGCGCCACCGGCUACAGCGUGGACCCCGUGGCUGGCUACCAGUACGGCCAGUAUGGCCAGACUGCUGUUGAUUACCUGGCCAAAAACGUGAGCCUCUCCACACAGCGUCGCAUGAAGCUUGGGGAGCACUCUGCUGUGCUGGGACUCCUGCCCGUGGAAACUGGCCAGGCCUACUAG